CCUUUUGUUUGUUUUGUUCUUUCUUUCUUUCUUCAAUGUCUCCCCACAUCCCUUUUCCUUUACGAGAGACAGCUAAAGUAGAUGAGAAUCAACCUUUUCAACCUAAUUUGAAUGUGUCUUUAACCUGUCCUGAUUGUCGAAUUAAACCACCACACAUCGUCGAGGAGUUUGCAUCUGGCGAUUUAGUUUGUGGAGACUGUGGGCUUGUGUUGGGUGAUCGUAUUAUUGAUACCAGAUCAGAAUGGAGAACAUUUGCAAACGAUGAGGGAGAUGAUCCUUCUCGUGUGGGUGCUGCAUCCAACCCAUUAUUAGAUGGUGACCAAUUAGACACAGUGAUUUCACGCCGAGACGGCGGUACCGGUAUCUCGAGAGAUUUGAACAAAAUCCAAGGCAGGGCCACUGCUCAAAAGGGAGAGAGAAACCUGAUGCAAGCGUAUAAAGAGAUUACGGCCAUGUGUGAUUCUAUUUCACUUUCCAAAGUGGUGAGUGAUACGGCAAAGCAGUUAUAUAAACGUGUGGAAGAUGAAAAGUUAUUGCGAGGUAAAUCCAGUGAUGCUAUUAUUGCAGCGUGUAUCUGUAUUGCGUGUCGACAAGAGAGAGUAGCAAGAACGUUUCGAGAGAUCUGCGCAUUAACACGAGUUCCUAAGAAGGAAAUUGGUCGCUGUUGUAAUGCAUUAAAAGCCAAAUUACAAACAAGUACGUCGGUGAUGAAUUCUGAAGAUUUAAUGUCGCGUUUCUGCUCAAAUUUACAGUUACCCAAUUAUGUUCAAAAAUCUGGUGUGGAUCUAGUCAGAAGAGCAAAAGAAUUGGGUACACUUGCCGGCAAGUCGCCCAUUUCUGUCGCUGCCGCUUGUAUCUAUCUUGUUUCCUAUUUAUUCAAGAGCCCAAGAACUACCAAAGAUAUCGCUAAUGUUGCUGGUGUCUCCGAAGCCACCAUCAAAGCUGCCUAUAAGUCCUUGUAUACAGAGAAAGAAAAAUUGAUUGAUUUGGAAGCGUUAAAGGGAAAACCCAACUGUGAAGGCAUUUCGUUUGAUGAGCUAGUAUUACCUUAAGCACUUUCUUUUUUUUUUAUUUUUUUUUUUUUGAAACAUCCUCCUGUUGUUUCUCCGAGCUUCAAAUGAUGACUAUUCUACUUUCUUUUUUCUUUUUCUUUUUU